GCUCGGUUUUGCUCGGUGAAAUAGUUGGAGCCCUGCCUCAUGAAUAGUCUACUGGUAGUAUCCCAUCACAAAACUACUUUUCAGGAGUUGCAAACUCCACACAAAAGCUACCAGUAGUUGUUUAUACUCAUACACAACAGUCAGUUUGAUCAUCAUGGCUCCUCAUGCUCCAGCAGAGAAGGAAAGUUGGAAGGUGUUUGUGCAAGUUUGUGGUCUCUCUAGAUCAGACUGCCAUACCCUGUGGGGCAAAGAGUUGGAGUACAGCACCAUGGAGAGACUGAGCUUGUUUGGGCUUCACGAAGAUAUUCAGGUCCUGUUGGAUGCUGGCUUUAGCCAUGCCAAGGCACACAUGAUCCUUCUGUUUGCUACCUACUUGCUACACAACACUAAUAAAAGAACCAGUGAAGAAGAGGCCGUGACUGUGCCAUCAGAUCUUACCUUUCAUGACAUUCUCCAGUUCAACAUAAAGCUCAAGCAACAGCCACCACCACAACCACAAAACAACAACAGCAGGUUCAAUGAUGAUGCAACCAGUCCCAAUGAUGAUGAUGCACAUGCAACCACAAAUGUUCAUGCAGCCUCAGCCACAGUCAUACGUGCAACCGCAGCCACAGCCUUACAUGCAGCCUCAGCCACCACAAGCGGUCCAACAACCAGCAGUGGAACAACCUCAGGCGCCAUCCCAGCAACACACGGUAUUACAGCUCAGCCACAGCAACCACCACAGGUAGUACAGCCUCAGCCACAGCAACCACCACAGGUAGUACAGCCUCAGCCACAGCAACCACAACAGGUAGUGCAGACUCGGUCACAACCGGAGCAGCAAAUGGUGCAACCACCGACACCAGUUCAACCGGCUCCCGCAGAAGAUACCCAAAGUCCAGUCGCCGCUGGCAAGAGCACAUCAGCUUUCAGCUCUCAUCUCGAAAUCAAUCGCCCGGUCUUUGUACGACAGGGUACGGGCGGCAGCACUGGCAGUCUAGGUAGCAAGCACAGCAUGAGCUUGAAGAGCUUGGCAUCUGAUAAUGCCAGCCGUGGAAGCAUGCACAGCCUGAAGAACGGAAGCAUGAACAGUCUCAAGAGCUUGGGGUCGGAGAGUGCCAGCCGGGGAAGCGUACCCAGGAGGAAUGCGAGAUGGUCAUCCAAGGCCCCACAAGGCCCUAAAGCAACAUCCUUCAACAGUUCAACGACCAAGACGACCAAGAGUACUACCGGCACUGGGGACUUCAAUGACAGUGCGAGCGAUUUCUCCGUCAUGAGCAGAAAUUCCAGGAAUAGUAUCAAGAGCUUCAACUCCAAGGCCCGCAAGUUCAACCGACGCAUUGCCAAUCGUAAAAAGAAGAAGGAGCCGCAGCUGCAAAGGUCCAAUAGCAACGACAGCAACAAGUCAUUCAAGUCAGCCAAGUCCACAAUGAUGGAUACGAGCGCCACAAACAUGUCUGUCAAGACUGCCCAAACUGCCGCCACUAGCAUGUCAUCAUCUCGUUGGGCCGCGGAUGCGACUCCAGGAAUGCCCGUCCCCACCACUGCCGUCGUUCAACAACAACAGGAUUUGGAUGACUUCAGUGAUGCAUCUGACUAUUCUGAAACCGAAAGAGAACAACCACAAGAGCCCUUUACGGCCCCACCGCCCGCUUUUGAACGAGAAGACUCGGGCUGUACCGUUAACACGCGCAAAACAACCAGCGAGACCAACUGUUAUCCGCCGUACCGCCGUUGCUCCAUUGGCAUGAACAACAAGCCUCACCAACACGAGGAACCAGAAGAAGAAGAAGAGACAUUCCACGACUGUCGCAACCUCAAGUGCGACAGCAUCCCCUGCCCCCCACCACGAUCUGCUACUUCGAGAUCUUGUCUACGAUGGGCCAAGGCAUUGGAUGUCAAUGAGGACUUGACCGAUUCCGAGCAUGAGAGACGAAGAUGA